CCUAAGGAAGUUUGGGUUCACCUGAAGUAUAUUUUUUGUUUUCUGUUAUAUUUUUAUUUAAGUUUGAAUUUUACAAAUAAUUAGUUUUUUAAAUAAAAUUAUUUUUAUAAAAACUACGUCAUUGAUUAUUUUUACUGUAAUGAAAAACAUAUGCUAGUCAAUUUUUGGUUUCUAAAUUGCAAAUAAUAACAUCAAUUAUGUCUGAUGAAAGAUCACAAAGUUCUCCUGAUCGAUGGGAGGUUCGAGCUAGAAUUAAUUAUCCUUUGCAUUAUCUUAUUUGGCUGCAUGAGUAUAAGAUGCUAGAAGAAAGACUUAAUUUGAUUAAAUUAGACGAAAAUUCCGCCUUAAAUGAACUUGAAAAGUUAGAUCCUAGAGGACGAACACCACUGAUGUUAGCUAUUACAUUGGGAGACAUAAUUGCUAUUCAAAUUUUAAUAAACCAAGGUGCAAAUGUAAAUACAAAAAAUGAAGAAGGAUGGACAGCUUUACAAGAAGCAAUUGCUACAGGUGAUUCCGAUAUUGUUCAACUCGUUAUGGAACAUAGAGAUUACCAACGUCAUUCAAGUAGGGCUUCAGGUAUCUCUAAAUUAUUAAAGCUACUAGAAGAAUCACCAGAUUUUUAUGUUGAAAUGAAAUGGGAAUUUAUUAGUUGGGUUCCAUUGGUAUCAAGGAUGUGUCCAAGUGAUACUUAUAAAAUUUUUAAACAAGGAUCAAAAGUUAGAAUUGAUACAACAUUGUUGGGAAUUGAUCAGGGUAACUGGGAACGUGGAAAUUUAAGUUAUAUUUUUUUAGGUCAAAACCAAUCAGCAACUUUUCUUGAAGUGGAUCAUGAAUCACACAGGGUAUAUGUUGAGGAAAUCCAAAUGUUUCCUUUAGAACAGGGACUUGAAGUAAUGCGACCAUCUGAUGAUACUGUGUCUAGUCGUUUAUCUACCCCAAUUGUUAGUUUUGAUAUAGAUACAAAAAAAAUAAGUUUUGAAAGAAAUAAAAGUGGUAUUUGGGGUUGGAGACAAGAUAAAGUAGAAGUAAUUAAUGGUUAUAAUUGUAAAGUUUUUAAUGCAAGUAAUGUGGAGUUUGUUACCAAAUCAAGAACUGAACACAUGGCUGAAGUUGAUAAAAUUAAGCUAAGUAAUAGUAAAAAUCCUAUACAAUCAAUUUUAGGUACUAGCGAAGAAAAAUGUCCAGAUAAAUCAGAAUUUCAAGUCACUAUGGAUGAAUAUUUCAAUGAAUUCCUUGAUAUUAAAGGAAAAUAUUUACGUAGACCAAUAGAGCAAACUACUAAAGUCACAAAAAUAAAGGCUAAUUUAUGGCUGUGUGAAGAUUAUCCUCUUAGUUUAAAAGAACAAAUAAUGCCUAUUGUUGAUUUGAUGGCCAUAACUAGUUCACAUUUUGCAAAGUUAAAAGAUUUUAUAGAAAUGCAACUUCCAUCAGGCUUUCCUGUAAAAAUUGAAAUACCUUUAUAUCAUAUUUCCAAUGCUCAAAUUACAUUUGGUAAUUUGUAUGCUGCUGAUAAAAGUGUUGAAGGUAUACAGAUAUUAGACUCUGAUGGCAAAAUGUUUUGUGUGGUUGAAGAUUCAGUUUUUGUUCCUCCUAGGAAUUACACUGUCUUGGGCACAGAACAAAGGCGCCAAAUAAAUGUUGAUAAUGAUGAAGAAUUACUUCAAUUUGCAGUGAAACAAAGUUUAUUAGAAUCUGGUACUGAAGAAGAACAGGUAGACAUUUGGGAAGCAUUACAAGUUCAAAGACCAAAUACACCUAAUGAUCUCUAUUUAGAUCCAGCUGAAGAAGAAUUACAAAGAGCAAUUCAUGCAAGUUUGAUUGACUACACAUUUGUACCUGCAUUGGAAAAUUCUAACUUGUUGAGUGAAUCAUUAUCUAAUGAUGUAGACACAGAUCUUAAUGCAGUACUACAAAUAUCAAUGGAAGAAAAAAGGCAAGCUGAGUUACAAAUGCGACAAGAAGAGGAAAUAUUAGAAAAAAUAUUGCAAUUAUCUUUAACUGAAAAAUAAGAUAUCUUUUAAUAUGAAUGCCUUCUUCAUUUAUUCUUCAAUGUCCUUAUAAUUAUUUUAUUUUAUUUCAUUGAAGGUUAAAAUAGUUGUAUGGUAACAAUUUCAUAAUAAUUCCUAUAUUAUCUUUAUUUAAUACAAGAUAAGUGUUAAUUUUAUUUUUAUACUAAAAAUAGUUAGUAUGUUAUUUAUUUUUAUAACAGUUAUAAUUUUUGAGAAUUUGAAAACGCAAAUUCAGUACGUUAUGAUACCUCGCGACAAGAAAUAUGCUUAAAACAUAUUCAAAUUAAAGUUAUAGAAUAUACGUAAAUGAUAAAACUUUACACUUUUAAUAACUUGACGAUUUUAAUAAUUAUUUAUCAGUCAAUACUAUUUAUUAAUAAUAAUAAUUUUAUGAACUCUUAGUAUUAGUUUGUGUUGAUAUUCAGAAAUAGUUAGCUUUUGAUUCUUAUUUUUUUUAUUAAAUUGUUUGUACUAUUCAGUGUAGUUAACUGUAUAGUGAAUCUUUUUUGAACAUUUCAAUUAAUUGAUAAACUUAUAUUUUUUGAAAUAACUCAAAUAAAUAAAUGAUUUCUUGGACAAAGAGAAUUAAUGAAAUACUUGUAGAUAGUAGAGCAUAUAUAAUUAAUAAUUAUUUUACUAAUUUUAUCACUUCAGUUAUGUUUAUACAUAGAAAUUUUGAUUUUCUACACAAAAAAAUGUAGUCAUUUAAAUUAUUUUUUGUCAUAUAUACAGAUUUUGACAAAUCUAACAACUUUUGAUCUACUAGAAUCUAGUAAAAUAUCUAGUAACUAGAUAUUGUAUGUUACUUUUUUAAACAUAAUUUAUGUUUUUUAUAUGCUUUCUUAGACCAUGUUUAAAUCAUAUUUUUAUUAUUUGUUUUUAAUAAUAAAAA